GUGUGUGUGUGUGUGUGCGCUAGCUUCAGUGUAGUGAUGGCAGAAUCAGCUUCAGAGCAGCCAGAGAGCUUCAGAGAAGAAGGAGAAGUCUUCGGGGAUGGCGGACCAUCCUCCGACUCUGUUCCUGAAGCUGUUCGCUGCUGGCUUCUACGGUGUCAGCUCGUUUCUCAUCGUCGUGGUGAACAAAAGUGUCCUCACCAACUACAGCUUCCCUUCUUCAAUAUGUGUCGGAAUUGGACAAAUGUUGGCCACAGUGGUUGUGCUGUGGGUGGGCAAGGCUUCGAGGGUGAUCACCUUCCCAGACUGUGAUGAGAGCAUACCUCGCAAGACGUUUCCUCUACCUCUCCUUUAUGUGGGAAAUCAAAUCACUGGUCUGUUUGGAACCAAAAGACUGAACCUGCCGAUGUUUACUGUCCUCAGGAGGUUCUCCAUCUUAUUCACGAUGCUGGCUGAGGGAUUUCUGCUCAAGAAGAAAUUCUCCAGGCCAGUCCAGCUGACAGUAUUUACAAUGAUCCUCGGGGCGUUUAUAGCCGCAAGUGCCGACUUGUCCUUUGACCUGCAAGGCUACGUGUACAUUCUCAUGAACGACGUGCUGACUGCAGCCAACGGGGCCUACGUGAAACAAAAAUUAGAUGCAAAGGAGUUGGGAAAAUAUGGAUUGCUGUAUUAUAAUGCAUUAUUUAUGAUCAUUCCCACCGUGCUGUUGGCUCACGUGACUGGAGAUAUGCAGAAGGCAGUGGAAUAUGAUGGUUGGUCAGACAUGCUUUUCCUCGCCCAGUUCAUCCUCUCUUGCAUCAUGGGGUUUGUUCUGAUGUAUUCCACGGUACUUUGUACUCAAUACAACUCUGCAUUAACAACUACGAUCGUGGGCUGCAUCAAGAACGUCCUGGUAACGUACAUUGGGAUGGUGUUCAGUGGAGACUACAUCUUCUCUUGGACCAACUUCAUAGGUUUGAAUAUCAGUAUUGCGGGCAGCCUGGUGUACUCCUACAUCACUCUCACAGAGGAGCAGUCCAACAAAGCGAGUGAAAUCACCAAGCUGGACAUCAAGGGCAAAGUGGUUGUAUGACAGAGACACUGGAUUUUAUUUUUAUGCUGAUGAACGAGAAAACUCUAUUUUUAAUACAACUUUUUAUUUAUGGAGUAUUUUUUAGCAGCAACGGCAUGGGAUGAUGGACACGGUGUGGUUUUUAGAUGGUGUUUUUCUUUUUAAAUAUUUGUAUUUUGAUACUGUACAUGUGACGCAUCGAGAACAAGGGAACCAAUAUUAUUUAUAUUACAUUUCCUGACACUUAGACAAGCAGAACCUUAAAAGUUGGGAUGACAUAAUGUUUCCUGAAUACAGGAAUGAACAGCUAGAAUAACAGUUAUUUAAAGGGAUAGUUCGGAUUGUUUGAGGUGACUUUGAUGUUUUAAAAGGGUUAGUUCGGAUUCAUCAAAGGCACACUAACACAGACUAAUUGAUCGCUGUCAGAUGGCUGUUAUCUAUGCUCUCUUCAAAGCCACCAGACUCCAUUCACAAAAACAGUAAUUUUACCUCUCAGAACACGGGAGGUGCUGAUCUACCGCUGCCUCGAUCGGUUAGUUUGUGUUAUUGUGUGACUUUGGUGAAUUCAAACUAACUCUUUAAAACACCAAAGUCACACAAUAACACAAAUAAAAAUAUUGAUCGAGGCAGCAGUUGGCCAGCAACUCUGUGUUCUGUGAGGUAAAAUUACUGUUUUUGUCAAUGGAGUCUGGUGGCUUUGAAGAGAGUAUAGAUAACCGCUUCAGUUCCCAUCAGAAAGCGCUGUCUGAAGGCAAGGUAAAGCGGUGAAAACAUUCUAAAUAUAACGUACUCUUAAACUGCGAUCCAUAAUGUUUUGCUGCUGUCCUCGUCCACAGCAGUACAUUACUUUGCUUCCGUGCUGGUACUCCUGUCUGUUCCUUCAAACUGGGGGCAUACUGACCGUCAUCUACUGUAGGUAAUACACCGACUAUGUAUAAGUACCUCAUACAACCCCUCUUCAAACUAUCCGAACUAUCCCUUUAUGCACUGGUGUGUACUUACGAAUCAUGGGACUAUUAAGUAAUAGUUAUUUUAAAGGCACAAUCCUUAUUUUUUUUAUUGCCUUUUCUGUUUUGCUGUUUAAAAGGAAUGUAACUUUAGAUGCCUUCUAAGCACCAUGAGAUGCACUGACACUGUCAUUAUCCCGUUAAGUACAUUUUCUUUUUGCGCAUACACUGUUGUUACAAGCUUGUUACGGACGAACGGUAAUGACGGUGAUCUAACCUCAUCCUUCAAACAACCAAAGUGGAAGGGCAGUGGGCUGGAAGCUCCCAUCAAGGAUUGUGGCUUUAAAUAAAUGCUGCCGCCUCCUUUUGGGAGAUAAUUUAAGAUCACAGUUUACAUUUUGCUCCCUCAGUAUUACAGAAUGUUUGUCGGGCUGUAACUGGUUCUCUCUAUGCAGUAUUAACAAGCAGUACUUAUGGUUUGUUAUUUGUACAAGAGGAUCCAUUUGUCCUUUUUUUUUUUCUUGGUAUCGCACUUUCAACUGAGGUAGCACCUGCAAAAAAAGGGUGACACUGAAUUGCCUCACCGCCUGUUACAUUUAUUGUAUUCUUCUGAAAUGUACGUUUCAGGUUUUUAAAGUAUUACAAGAGAAAUGUUUUUCUAAAUUUUUAUUAGUCCUGUACGAGCGUUGACUUUUUUUUACAUUUUUACCUACAUCAUUUUAUAUUUAUUACUUUUAUUUUAGACUAAUACUCAUUUUGUAGGUGGCUUGGUGAAUUGUUGAUGCUGAUCUCAUCUCAAACACAGUAACCAUGGAUUUGUAGCUGAAACACAAGGAUGUAUUUUUGCAUUAAAAAAAAACCUCUGACAUGA